AUGCUCCUGUCGGCGCUGGUGGGGAACGGCCGCGUCUACGGGCGCACCGAGUAUUUGGCCGCGCUGGUGCUGUGCGUGGGCGUCGCCGCCUUCUCCAUGUCGUCCAGCCACAUGGCCGCGCCCUCCCAGCUGGUGGGGCUUGGGAUCGUGAUGCUGCUGCUGGCCGUGCUGGGGGACGUGGCCGCCCUGACAACCCAGCAGUGGCUCAUGCAGAGGUGUGACGUGCCCCCCAUGUCGCUGAUGCUCCGUCAGAACGUCACGAGUCUUGUGCUCACCCUGUCGGUGCUCGUGGGCACCAGCGGCAUGACGGAGUUAAAGGCGGCGCUGGCGGAGGAGCCGCAAGUGCUCCUCUACGCGGCUGGCUUCGGGGCUCUCACGUCCGUCGCGGUGUGGGCGAACACGCACCUCAUCCACGAGGCCGGCUCGGUCACGCAGGUCGCCCUGUCGACUGGGCGCAAGGGCGUGACGGUGUUGCUGUCGUACUUGCUGUUUCCGAAGCCGUUCACCAGGUCCCACGGCGCCGCGUGUCUCCUGGUGCUCGCCGCCUUGUGCUACCAAGGCAGCGCCUCCAGGAGAAGGAAGAGGGCGCCGCUGGCCCAGAGGAGCACGACCGCCACCAGGUGCCUGGCCUUCGUGCAGAAGCCCGCUGACGCUCCGCCGUCGACCCGGGCGCCCUCGGACUCGGACGCGGCCGACGUCGAGCGGGCGCCGUCGGAGGACGCGGAG